UGGGGGUACCACCGAGAGGGAGAGACUCAUUUCCUAGAGUGGCUCGGCGGCGGCUUGUGACGCAUUUCCUGCCGCGCCGCGUAGUCGCUGGCUGGGGAGGUAAGCGCGGGGCUGUGGGUGUUGUAGGUGGUGUCCUGACCCGACGGUUCCUGGUGUGGUUGAGACACGCCUCCACCCUCAGGAGGCUGUAUCUCUCGGUGCUGGGUGGCCGAGCCUGGGAGAGGGAGCCAGGCGGCGGCCCAGGGUCGUCUUUCGCCGGUUCUUGACUCCGGCUUUACACAUGAUGGCCUAAUUACGUUCCGUCUCGUUGAAGACGAAGCCGGUGUUACUAUCACAGCCACAACGUCCCGAGCAUUUAGCACUUGAUCUGCUCAGGGAAGAUGCUGCCGACCUUUUGGGAAGAUGUGUCAGUGCAACCACAGGGUGGAAUAUUUGCAGGCGUGAAGAGGUCUGAGGUAACAUCACAUACCUUUUGACAUAUUGAGGUCGUGCGGGGGCUUUUACUCAGGCAUUUCAAGUUUGGACAGUGUGCUCCCUGGCUCCUGGCAUAGGGUUGUGAAUAAGGGCCAAGACUGAGCUCAGAAAAAGCGGAGCCCCUCCCAGCCACCCGGGUCCAGAAGAAGCCUGGCUUUCGGAGGGCCCUGUCUCCUGGAGCGAUGUCAGCUCCAAAUGUUACAACCCUUCUCUGAGAGGGAAACCAGGUGGUAACAGCCAUGCUCCUGACAGCCUGGCCCCAGAAGUUGGUGACUUUUGAGGACGUGGCUGUGUACUUCACGCAGACGGAAUGGGAUGGCCUGUCCCCCACACAGAGGGCCCUGUACAGGGAUGUGAUGCUGGAGAAUUAUGGGCACGUGGCCUCCCUGGGAUUUCCACUUCUCAAACCUACUAUGAUCUCACAACUGGAGGGAGGAGCUGAGCUCUGGGGCCCACUUCCAGUGCCCACUGGAGUGGGAACAGGCCCCCAAGGCCUCUGGACUGAUAUUGAUAUCCAGACUGACAAUAACUUGACAAAGGAAAUGUGUGAAGAAAAAGAUAGUACAUCAUUUAAACUUCAGAGGAACUUUCCCCAGGAGGCAGACUUUCCAGAAGCUUAUAUUCUAGAGAAACAGCAGGAAGUCCACUCAGUAGGAAGUGUGAAGAAAGAAGACAGCAGUUUCAUUGACAGGACAGUGAAAGAUGAGACAAGCCCUGUGGAGGAGUAUUUCUUUAGUCAAAGCCCAAACUUGUAUCACUGUCAUACUGUCUCCACUGGAGAGCAGCUCCCUGAGUGUACAGGAUCAGGGAAAGCCUUCAGUGCUGACAGGGAACUUAUUCAGCAUGAAAUAAUUGAUACUGGGGAAAGACCUUUCAAAUGUGAAGAAUUAGUGGAAACCUAUAGGUGUGACUCUCAAUGUAAUCAGCAUCAAGACAUUGACACUGGAGAGAAGCCCUAUCAGUGUAAGGAAUGUGGCAAAGCCUUCAGCGUUAAUGCAAAAUUAAUUUGGCAUCAAAGACUUCAUAGUGGGGAUAAACCCUUCAAAUGUGUGGAGUGUGGGAAAAGCUUUAGUUAUAGUUCCCAUUAUAUUACGCAUCAGACAAUCCACAGUGGGGAGAAGCCGUAUCAGUGUAAGGUGUGUGGGAAAGCCUUCAGCGUUAAUGGGAGUCUAAGUAGACAUCAGAGAAUCCAUACUGGAGAGAAGCCCUAUCAGUGCAAGGAGUGUGGAAAUGGCUUCAGCUGUAGUUCUGCAUAUAUUACACAUCAGAGAGUCCACACUGGAGAGAAACCUUACGAGUGUAUUGACUGUGGGAAGGCUUUCAAUGUUAAUGCAAAAUUAAUUCAACAUCAGAGAAUCCACACUGGAGAGAAGCCCUAUGAGUGUACUGAGUGUGGAAAAGGCUUCAGGUGCAGCUCGCAGCUUAGGCAGCACCAGAGCAUCCACACUGGAGAGAAGCCCUAUCAGUGUAAGGAAUGUGGGAAAGCCUUCCACAGUAAUGCGAAACUCAUUCAGCAUCAAAGAAUCCACACUGGGGAGAAACCCUAUGAGUGUUCUGAAUGUGGAAAAGCCUUUAGUGUUAAAGGGAAAUUAAUCCAGCAUCAGAGGAUCCACACUGGGGAGAAGCCCUAUGAGUGUAAUGAAUGUGGGAAAGCCUUCCGGUGUAACUCCCAGCUUCGGCAGCAUCUGAGAAUCCACACUGGGGAGAAGCCCUAUGAGUGUAAUGAGUGUGGAAAGGCCUUCAAUGUUAAUGCAAAACUAAUUCAGCAUCAGAGGAUUCACACUGGGGAGAAACCGUUUGAAUGUAAUGAGUGUGGGAAAUGCUUUACUUCUAAAAGAAACCUGCUUGAUCAUCACAGAAUCCAUACUGGAGAAAAGCCUUAUCAAUGUAAGGAAUGUGGGAAAGCUUUCAGUAUCAAUGCCAAACUGACUAGGCAUCAGAGAAUACACACUGGGGAGAAGCCUUUCAAAUGUAUGGAGUGUGGAAAAGCAUUUAGCUGUAGUUCUGACUAUAUUGUGCAUCAGAGAAUCCACACUGGAGAGAAGCCCUUUCAGUGUAAGGAGUGUGGAAAAGCCUUCCAUGUUAAUGCGCAUUUAAUCCGGCAUCAGAGAAGCCACACUGGAGAGAAACCCUUCAGAUGUGUGGAGUGUGGCAAAGGCUUCAGCUAUAGUUCUGACUGUAUUAUACAUCAGACUGUCCACACUUGGAAGAAACCCUAUGUGUGUAAUGUGUGUGGGAAAGCCUUUAGGUUUAGCUUCCAACUUAUUCAUCAUCAGAGUGUCCAUAGUGAGGGAAAAUCUUAAUAAUGAGAAAGAUACAGAGAACUCUCAAGGUUAAUGCUGACAUGGAUCAAGUAUCAUCAGAUCACCCUGGUGGAAAACCUUGAGAAGGAAAUGAAUUGACAGAGUCUUCACUUGGAAACAUCUAUUCAUUCAAUUUAUAAUCAGGGAUGGAUGACCAGUUAAAAAGUAGCACCCCAAAAUAAAUAACUUUGCUUUAUACCACCAACCAAAAGAAAAUAUAAUGAAAGAAAAUAUUCCAUUCUCAACAGAAUCAAGAAAAUAGAUUUUCUAGGAAUAAAUAUAUAUGCACAUGGAGAAAAUGAUGAAUCUCCACUGAUGAUCACGAAAGGAAAAACCUGAAUAAAUGGAGAGAGAAACAAACCUUGUUCUUGGAUUGGAAACCCUGUAAUAAAAAGAUACUAACUACCUAAAUUAAUUUAUUUCUGUUUAACUGUUUACAAGCAUGCAUUACUUUUGUACAAUGUUUUUAUUAUGUAGUAGGGAAAACUUUCUAAGCAUUAGAUGAAAGAAAUCAUAAGUGAAAAUAUUGAUAAAUUGACUACACAAAAUUAAAUAUUUUUUUUUUUAAAUAAUCCCAAAUAAA